UCUUGCAGCUUUUCCUCUCAACACUCAGUUUCCUUUCUACACUUAAAACCAGAAGCACAAAAAGAGAAAGAAAGAGAAGCUAAACUCAGAGAGUACUAUCCUCAUAUCUCAAAUCAAUGUCAGCUUCAGUGGCUGCUGCAUCAGUAUCAACAACAACAACAGCAGCUACAACGUUUAUCAAGUGCGUCACUGUUGGCGAUGGAGCUGUGGGCAAAACUUGUCUUCUUAUCUCCUACACCAGCAACACCUUUCCUACUGAUUAUGUUCCUACAGUGUUCGACAACUUCAGUGCAAAUGUUCUAGUCGAUGGCAAAACCGUUAAUCUGGGUCUUUGGGAUACUGCUGGUCAAGAAGAUUACAAUAGGCUUAGACCAUUGAGUUACAGAGGAGCAGAUGUUUUCAUUCUUGCCUUUUCUCUUAUCAGCAGGCCUAGCUUUGAGAACAUUGCUAAAAAGUGGGUCCCUGAGCUGCGACAUUAUGCUCCUAACGUGCCUAUUGUUCUAGUGGGAACUAAAUUAGAUCUAAGAGAGGAUAAGAAGUUCCCAAUGAACUAUCCAGGUGCUUGCACAAUCUCAACAGAACAAGGUCAAGAGCUAAGAAAAGAGAUAGGAGCAUUAGCAUAUAUAGAGUGCAACUCAAAAACACAACAGAACGUGAAAGCGGUGUUUGAUGCAGCGAUAAAAGUAGUUCUACAGCCUCCUUCAAAAACCAAGAAACAGAAGAGAAGGUUUGGUUUCUGCCAUGCUCUCUGAUCUCAAGCUUCUCUGGCUACUUUUAAAAUCUCUGGCUUGCUCUUUUUAUUUAUAAAUCUUUAUAGUGUGUUGCUAUGAACGAUUGUUAGUGUGAUUUUGUUAUCUUCUUUAUGAGAGUUUGAUCUUAUAGUAAAGUGUGUGUUGUAAUAAUAAGCCAACUCUCGUCUAUGUAAAAAAUGUACAUAAAUCAAUGUUAUAAAAAUCGGUCUAAACCCAA